GGGGGUGUUAUUUUUCACUCGAAUUUUACUACUACCAAUACCGUGAAACAGAGGAAUGGUGAAUGAAUCGGCGUGUUUUCAACACACCUGAGAUUACAUUACACUUGAAAUAUAAUCUGUCUCCGUAUGCACGUUAAGUCAGGUGAAAUGGAAUUGAAAAAUAUAUGGAUACCAGGGUUACUUUAAUUGUGAUUUAAUUUCAAAAUAUAGUACUGAAUCUUAAACGAACUAUUUAACUGGACUAUCAUGGUGUGGAAAUAUAGGGAAAUGACAUGGAGCAACAACUAUAAUUUGAGGACAGCAUAAUUUUAGAAAAUAGCUUUUCAAGAAAUCAUAGUGUUUUUUUUCAAUUUGUAUCAGCGUUCAUAUAUCUAACUCUUUCGUUAAGCUAAAAUGUCGGCUGAAGGACUGUGUUUUAGUAGCGUCUGUGGCCAGAAUGUCCGCCUCAGCAGCGACCGGAAGACAGCCAAAUGGGAGCCCCGCCUCUCUGGGGGAUGGGUCCAUUGUGAGCGACCCCUUCAGGCGGGACAGACCUUCACGGUCCAGGUAGAGGGCAGCGGACACUACGAUAUAGGUUUUGUUGAGCGCGAUCCCCAAAGCAGCACCAACGGGAGGUCGUCCACUUUCGCUCAGUUAAACGAGGUUAAAAUUCACAAGCGGGCCUGUAGGAUACUGGUCACACUUGACCGCAAUGGGAAACAGGUCAUAUCUAAAAAGUCCAGUGGUGACACAUUCAUCAAGGACACAAAGGGCAAAAUUUGGCUGACGGUUAAUCUGAAGUUUGGAGAUAUGGUGGUCAGCAUUUUCUAUCCGGACAAUACAUGCACACGCCUGUCCUCAAACCACGGAACAAAUGUCAGACUGGAAGACAAUAAACAGAAAGCUAUGACGGUCAAAAAGAACCCGGCUUCUGUAUGUUAUAGCUCGUCCCCAAUCCUUAUAGGGGAGCAACUCGAAUUUGUUUGCGAGCCGGUGAAAGACGGAGACAAAGACCCUAGCCGAUACGAGGUGUCGCUGUUGGUUCACGGGGAUGACCCCGAGAGCCUCCUUAGACAACACACCCAUUACAUUGACACAGCGGUUGCCAACACUGGUAACCUUCCUGUUACUACAAUCGAAUGUCUAGAAAAGGAAGACUGUUAUGGGUGCAUUAAUGUAUCUCUGGUUAAUGAGACAACGGUACGGUACACAUUUGGACGCGGCAAUCAAGCGGAACAAAAAUUGACCAGUAAGGCAACUAGCGGAAUAUGGCUUAUUCUAGACCUGUAUAGGGUAACGGUCAUAUUACAUAAGAAGAACAAACGAAUGGCUGGGCGUGAUGUUUGUGAUGGUGUUGUUGCAGAGCCAAGAAAUGAAUGGGGCGAGAACACAAUGGAGCAUGUUUGUGAUUCACCGUACGAGACCAUAAAUUGUGGACCGGAGAGCAACUACACACCGUUAAUGAGAAUAAGGCGGCUAGAACAGUUUGAACAAACCAUCAUGUCAAGUCUGAAUAUUUCUCCAAGCGCAUCAAGUAUGCAACAAACCUGUUUAAAAACCAGAACACCAAGUGUGCAACAAACCUGUGUAAAAGUCGGAGCAACCCAAGAUAAUAAUUGUUCAGACGAGAAUUCUUCGCGCACAAGUUUUCAAAGUCUAGAAAAUCGCCUGGAGAAUAUUGAAAAAGACUUUAGACGACUAGUGGAUAGCAUGGAGCAACUGUUUACAGGUCCACCGGUUGGAAGUCUGGAGGCCCGACUCGCUGUUCUUGAAAGUAGCCUACCACUGAUCCGAGAAACAACGCAGGGCAGGGCAACUCUGGCGCCUGGCGAUGGAUUUAUUAACAUCCGUGUAAACUACACGUCCUUGGUGGCCGACCUAGAAGCCAAGAGUCUGUGUGACCAUCUUUUCCAAGAAGGUAUUAUCGAUCUCCAUGAAAUGAAUGAAAUUCGCCAGCUGAAUUCCUGCGAUGCCAACAAGAAAACCCUUGAGCUUUUGUGGAAAAGGAAGGCUAGGAAAUCGCAGCUUGGGCCUCUUCUUCAGAAAACAAAGCAGGAAUUUCUUAUCAACGAAAUGUUUCCAGACAGCCAAGAUUCGUAACAAAACAAGAUGAUAUUUGAUUGUACAUAAUUUAUUGACUGGUUUCAGUCUGCAUGGGAUAAAAUAGCCGUAUUGUGAUAAAACAUUAUUAUUCACCCAUAUAAAUAUUUGUCUUGAAAAUUAUUAAUGAUCUAGCUGGUGCUUUGUGAAGUGUUAGGCUGCAACAUUAUACGUUUUCAGUUUUGUGAUGUUUUAUGUCAAAACAAAUUUUAUCAAUGCUUAUGUGUUUUUGUAUGAAAACUUGUAAAUAAGAUAAAUAAAGAAGAAGGUUAAUCCUUAUAACUGUAUUUCUACGCAUGCUUAGUAAA